AUGGAUAAUACAUUGACGCCCUUACAGCAAAAAGUGCUUGCGAGAUACAAAGAACUUGUGAGCUGUCUGCGAGAUUUGGAUAGUUCCAUCAAAGAUCUCAAUCAGCAACAAUUAGAUACAAAAGGCAAUAAAGAUUCGAGUAAUUCAUCACCUGAUGAGAUAUUAAAGGAAAUGAGAGAAAUUGAAGUAAAAAUUGGCCUUGUUGGCACACUAUUAAAGGGGAGUGUGUAUUCACUAAUUUUACAGAAGCAGCAAACUCAGAAAUUCAAUUCUGAGUCAUGA